GCCUUGGUGAAUACAGCAGAGCGUGGGAGCAUUGCAGUGGCCCUGCUGUUAGCAAAGAAUUCCUAUUUGAAAGUCAGACAAGUAGCCCAUCUAUGCACCCCACCCUGAGAAAGCUGGCUUUUCCAGAUAGCUCAUUGAAAACUUGGAUGAGAGAAGUAUCUGUCACAGACAGUCAGCACUAGAAGUUUCCCUUGGAGGGCAAAGAUCCAACAAUCACAAGUAACUCCCUAUGGGCCAAGGCAAUGUCAGAAGAAUGACUGACCACAAUAUCUCCGGGAAUUCCUCUUGUGAUCCUAUACUGACUCCUCAUUUAACCAGGCUCUACUUCGUAGUGCUCAUUGGAGGACUGGCAGGUGUUAUCUCCAUUUCGUUCCAACUGGUGAAAAUGAAUACCCGCUCUGUGACCACCACAGCAGUCGUUAACCUGGUGGUGGUCCACAGUGUUUUCCUGCUGACGGUACCUUUCCGCUUGUCCUACCUCAUCAAGGAGACCUGGAUGUUUGGAUUGCCCUUCUGCAAAUUCGUGAGUGCCAUGCUGCACAUCCACAUGUACCUCACAUUCCUCUUCUACAUGGUGAUCCUGGUUAUCAGGUACCUCAUUUUUUUCAAGCACAAGGACAAAGUGGAAUUCUACAGAAAACUGCACGCGGUUGCUGCCAGUAUGGGCAUGUGGCUUUUGGUGAUUGUCAUCGUGGUACCCCUGGUCAUUUCUCAGUAUGGAAAUAAUGAGGAGUACAAUGAACAGCACUGUUUUAAAUUCCAUAAGGAACUUGCUCUUGAGUAUGUUCAAGUCAUCAACUACAUGAUAGUCAUUAUUGUCAUAACCCUCGCCGUGAUUCUCUUGGUCUUCCAGAUCUUCAUCAUUAUGUCCAUGGUGCAGAAGCUAAGCCACUCCUUACUGUCCCACCAGGAGUUCUGGGCUCAGCUGAAGAACCUAUUUUUUAUAGGCAUCAUCCUUACUUGUUUUCUCCCCUACCAGUGCUUCCGGAUCUAUUACUUGCAUGUUGUGGCACACUCCAAGAACUGCAACGACAAUGUUGCAUUUUAUAAUGAAAUCUUCUUGAGUGUCACAGCAAUUAGCUGCUGUGACUUGCUGCUCUUUGUUCUGGGGGGAAGCCAUUGGUUUAAGCAGAAGAUAAUUGACCUAUGGAAUUGCCUUUUGUGCCGUUAGCCACGAACUACAAUAUUCAUUUCUUCUUAUUGGGAGUGAAAAUGGGCCAGCGAAGUAAGAAUGACAUUUCAUUAUUUGGUCCAGCCAAACAAAGGACUAUAAAAUAUCAGAGCACUCAUCUCAGUCUUUACUUUAUCCCUAUGGUCUCUGAAAGAUGCCUAUACAAAGACCAGUGAUGAUGACUCCACCUGGAGUUGCAAUAUUGCAUUAUUUUCUGGUAUGGAAUUUAUGCUUGGUCCAUCUAGGCAACAUGAGUCUAACAGGUGCUAGUUAGCUCAUUCUAAUUUUCUUGGCUAGAAGCAUGGUCUCUUCAUGGGCUUUGGACUGGACUCAGUUGUCUAGUUCUUUUCACUCCCCUUCACUAUAGGCAGGUUAAUCUUGGUUAUACUUUAGUUCUAAAGACACACACUCUGUGUGGUUCACCAGCUAAGAUGGCCCAUUCAACUCAUACUGGCAAAAAGAGUAAAGGGGAAGAACAGUAUGAAACUUUUCUAGGUAAUCAUAACUGGUGAGAAGUCCAGUAUCUAGACAUGAAGAGAAACAGAACUCGUAGACUACUGCUGGAACAAGGAUUUCUAGAUUUGUCUUUUGAAAGGUCAGGUUUAAGGUUAUGGGAUCUUCUCAGUAACAGCAAUUGUGCUGUUCCUCCAAAAAUCAUUUAUAUGUUUACUGAACAUAUCUAAACAAUGGUGAAACUGUAAAUUAGAGAAUAUUCCUGAUCAGUGUGCUGCUAGACAUUAAAAUGAGUUCCCAAGAGAGAUGAUUGACAUUUUUUUCCCUUUCUGUGUUUUGGAAGAAUUUUUAGAUGUCUUGGGCUACAGUUAAUUUAGAUUUUGUUUUGAUACAGAAAGUUCUCUUGAAAUCUUUGGAGUUCCAUUUCACUCUUAAAGUUACUUUUUUUUUUUUUAAAUGAAAACUACAUUCUCAAAAUCUUUUGAGAAAUGUAUGGAGUAACCACUAAUUUAGACUGUAUGAGUUUAGACUGCAUCAAGAAAGUUUUCUGAAUAUUUGAGGAAUGAAUGAACAAAUGGACUUAAAAAUAAUAAAAUUGCAACCUUUAAAACAUUAAAUAAUUUGGAGUUUUUGCCAAAUUCUGAGUAGCAUUUUGCCAUUGAUUUGUAACUUGUGAUAUGUGCCAGAUUCUAUUUCAAGAAUGUCUAUUAAUGGCUAAGUUGAUAUUAGGGUUGUGGAUUUUAUGUCCUUCCUGCUGAUAUUUCUAUGCCUUCAAAAUUUCAUAAUCUAAACUUGCCAAGAAACAAAUCCAGUUUCAUAUUUUUAAUGCCUCAGAAAACCUGUACUAACUAAUGGUAAGAAUAGAACAACUGAGUGAAUCGAGAACUUUUUUUUUCCCCAGCAAAGUAUAUGUUCACAAUUUAAUGAUUCUCUGUAAUUGGCUAUCAUCUUAUGGAUCCACAAAUACAUCAAGGGAACAGGAAGUAGCCCUGAGAGUUUCUAGCAUUAAAAUUGCCAAUUCAUAGAAAUUAAUUCUAAGGAAGAAAAAAUAACAACAUACUGGGAACAUGACUGGUUCCCAAAUUUUUUCCCAUUUUAAAUUUGUCAUUUUUUCUCUUUUAAAUUAUAUCACAUUUAUUUAUUAUUUGUUUUCUCUUCCCAUUGCUGUUUCUUAGUUUUUUAUUUCUCUCUUUGAUCCCUAAAAUUUGUAAGACAAUUACGAAGAUAUGAACACUUUACAGAAAUUUGUAAUAUCCAAAAAAUGUAUGAGAAAAUAAAGAAAUAUAGUAAAAUACUUAAGUUUAAAAAACUACUUGUGAGAAUUUCGAAAGGUUUCUCUCCUUAUAUUAUUAUUAUCAUAAUAUCUUCUACCUUACAGGUUGUAUUAUGAUCUUUUCCAGAUAUCAGAUAUGUUGAGGCCAGGCAAUUAUGCUUUUCUCUGUAUAAUACUGUGUUAUAAUAAAAGGCUUACUUCUGUGGCCUAUAAAAGAAAAAUUAUCCAAAUAUGAAAAUGCAGCAUUCUAUAAAAAAGAUAUCUUAUUCAUCAGUAUUAAUGAAAUAAAUAGAAUA